AUGAAUUAUACAAUUGAGGAUCAUAUUGCUAUUGAAAAACACAUUACUCUUGAAGAGGAGGAUGUUGAAAAGAAAAGACAUGUUGUUAUUGCUUUUGAAGCUAAUGUCGCUGCUACUGAAAAA